ACCAUUCACCACCGGAAAUGGAGGCUCCAAAAAUCGUCAGCUUGACGUCAGCCGGGAAGUAUAUGCUAGUUUUUCCACGGAUGCCUUGACAUAGAGGCAAAAGCCCAAAGAAAACUUAUCUUGCAAAAGAUUACGACAUAUCUUCUCCAUCAUGACUAAGCACGAGUUUGAGGUGGCGAUGACGUGUGAGGGCUGUUCUGGGGCUGUUACCAGGAUUCUCAACAAACUUGGAGAUGUCAAGUUUGAGAUCGACUUGCCAAAAAAACUGGUAUGGAUCGAGUCGGACAGAGAUGUGGAUUUUCUUAUGGAAACACUAAAGAAAUGUGGGAAGGAGGUCAAAUACAAUGGCACUAAAUAAGAGUUUGGAUCUGCUCAUGGGGAUCGGGUGGGGGAUUGCUACUAAUGUAAAGUGAAGACUUCUAUGCUGAAACCUAAGUUGAUUUUCUACUGAGAAGAAACAGACGAAUCACAUUCAGUCAUAAGGUGUUCACAACAGAUGGCCUGGAUGCAUAUCGUCUUCGGCAACAAAAAAAAUAAAACCUAGUUUAUUUUUUGUGUGAUCAUUUCCAGUUUUCCAUAAUGGAUGAUCAUGUAAACCUUUACCAUUAGGAUCUUAUUUAGAGGAAAAAGCAUGACAUGUCUCCAAGACUCAAAUAAAAGAUUGUUUAGCAACUGGAAAAGGAAGUCCACUUUUCAUCUAUACCUCUAAGAUGUGCAUUGUUUUCAUAUAUGUACAUGUGUUAACAUGUUUUGUAAUGGUUUUACAUUAAAAUGUCCCUUGUGUUAAAUAUUUGACUGCCAGGACAUUGUUGUUCUCAUCAUGCAUUGCAUUAAAAUUGUUUAAUGAAA